CACGUCACAACUGUGGCCCCGCCCCCGACGUCCGCUCGCCUGGAAGAGAAGCGAUUUCCUUUCUCUGUCUCUCCCUCUCUCGGCUUUAACGCGAGAAACUUUACCGCGCUGAGUUUACACACGACGCGGUCUCUUUGUGGUUCCUGAUGGCCUCCGAGAGCUCCGAGCUGGACUCCCUGAGCCCCGGAGAGGAGCAGGGCGGCACGGCGAGCCCCGAGGGCCUGCGCGCUGCGGAGCAGGAACCGGUUAAGAUGGACGAGAGCGGCGAGGAGACGCGCAUCACUGCCGAGGAAACCCCGUCCGGAGACGGAGCGGGGCAGAGCGGGGACCGGCCGGAGGAGGAGGAGGACGACAAGGAGAUGGACACGGAGCCGGGCGCAGCGGCGCAGAGAGACAGCGCGGGGAGCGCGGCGGCCGGGCCGGGGGAGCUCAGGCCAGAACAAAGGGAGGAGGAGGAGAGCAGCGUCUCCUCACCGCUCCACUGCGCCGCGAGGAAGGGCGACGACAAACCCGGCACCGACAUCAAGCGCAGGGCCAGUCUGGAGAUAUCAUCAUCAUCGGACGGGGAACCGCUCAGCCGCAUCGACUCCGAGGACAGCAUCAGCAGCACCCUGAUGGACAUGGAGAGCACCGCAUCCAGUGGACGCUCCACGCCGGCCAUGAUGAACGGACACGGGGGAGCGGCUCCGGCGUCGACCAAAGGUUCCUCGUACCCAUGCUGUUGGGAUCUGUGCCCUCUGCUCUUCACCAGCAGCCCGGACCUGGCGGAGCACAUCCGCUCGGUCCACGUCGAUGGUCAGCGUGGAGGGGUGUUUGUGUGUCUGUGGAAGGGCUGUAAGGUGUACAACACGCCCUCCACCAGCCAGAGCUGGCUCCAGAGGCACAUGCUGUCCCACAGUGGAGAUAAACCCUUUAAGUGUGUAGUGGGUGGGUGCAAUGCCACGUUUGCCUCUCAGGGAGGACUCGCACGUCACGUCCCCACACACUUCAGCUCGCAGAAUUCCUCCAAGCUGUCCAGCCAGGCCAAGCUCAAGGAGGAGUCGCCUUCCAAAGCGGGCAUCAACAAGCGCAGGAAGCUGAAGAACAAAUGCAGGAGGUCCUUGCCUCGGCCGCACGACUUCUUUGACGCGCAGACCAUGGACGCCAUCCGUCACCGUGCCAUCUGUCUCAAUCUGGCAACCCACAUUGAGAGCCAGGGAAAGGGCCACAGUGUGGUGUUUCACAGCACGGUCAUUGCAAGGCGGAAGGAGGAUUCAGGGAAGGUGAAGGUGCUGCUCCACUGGACUCCAGAGGACAUCCUGCCGGACUCGUGGGUGAGCGAGAGCGACCGACCACAAAUGAAGACCAAAGUGGUACAUCUGUCCCAGCUGCCUCAGGAUACCGCUGUGCUACUGGACCCGAACAUCUACAGGAUGUUCUUCUAGGAGCCGUGGAGGAUCCUCCGCCUGCUGAUGUUUCCCUACGCGAGGGGACCCGCGGCUCUGAACACGCAGGAUUUCAAACUCCUAUUACUGUUCUGUUUUUAUGCCUGAAAUUUUAUCCGUGUUUUAAAUCUAUGAAGAGGAAGAAGUUGCACAAUAUCUGACUCUGACUGGUGCUAGACUUUGAAACGCUUCUUUUUCUUUCUUUUUUUUUAAACACCACUAUAAAGUCCAAUUGAAUUGCUCUCGCUUUGUCCACAACUUUCCUCACUAGCUUUAUAGAAAUCCUAUAGAUGUAUUUGUUGAGAAAGUGCCCAUGUAAAUACGCCUGGAGAUUUGUAAUAUAUUUUUGUACUGAAGAAUUUUACUGUACUGUAGAUAGCUGUAAUAUUCCCCAGACUUCAGGAAGAUUACUGCACAGAGAGAUAGACCGGGAUUUCCCUCGGAACGAUGUCAACGUUCCGACCAGGUUUUUAGUCAAAGACUAGAUGUAGUGCCCCCUUUCUCACGGCGGUGUUUGUCGAGUUCUGCUUUAUGAUAGACGAGAAUAAUGUGCGUGUUAAUGUGUGCGCUCUUUGAUAGUGACCUUACUCUAGUUAUACAUGAGCCAAGGACCCUAAGGACAUCUCAAAGAAAUGGUGCUACAGUAAACACUAGUGUUUUAGACUUGUAUAGAGGAGUGUUUUUGAUCGAUGAUGCUCUGUAGUCUUUGGAGUAACACAAAACCCUGAUGUACUGCUGGAUCCUAACUCUGUCUUUGUAAUAAAAUCAGAAAACCUUG